AACCAAUUUUUUUUGGAACUCGAGUUAUUCACUUCCAUCUUUAAAUCCUCAAGUCAUCAAAUCAUCAUACGCGGACUUACAACAUCUCAAAAUGAAUUCCUAUGAAACGCUUUCAACCUACCAAAAAAACGUACAAAUCUCAAUAGAAAAUCUUUCUAAAAGUUUACAAUUACCAAACUUAUCUUAUCAUCUACCAACGAUUCUAAUCUCAUGUUCUUCUUGUUUCAUCUUACAAUUCUUAUCUCAUCAAUUUUCACCUAAACUAUUUCCAAAACAUUAUCCCAAUUUAUCAUCUUUUACUAAAUUUAAUUGGGAUACUCAUUUCGUGGCUUGGGUUCAUUCAUUUUAUGGUACUUUUAUUGGUUUAUAUUUUAUUUUGGAUCAUAAUGAUUGGUUUCGGAAUUUACAUGAAGACAAAGUAUUCGGUUAUCAUCCUAAAGCCAUGAACCUUCUGCAAAUUUCAACGGGUUAUUUUCUCUGGGAUAUAGCUGUUAGUACUUUGAUGGCUUUGAAGGGGCAUGGUUAUGCUUUCCUUUUACAUGCAGCAGGUUCUUUCGUAGUAUAUUUUUAUACCAUGAAACCUUUGACUGGAUAUUAUUUAUUUCUAUUCCUUCUGUGGGAAACAUCUACUAUCUUUUUGAACCCGCAUUGGUUUUUUGAUAAGAUCGGUAUGGCGGGCUCUAAAGCUCAAAUGUUUAAUGGAAUAGCACUCUUGUUAUCAUUUUUCACAUCGAGGAUUAUAUUAGGCAAUUAUGUUUCCUACAAACUUCUUGUUGAUGUAUUUCAACCUGAUGUCAAUAAAAGGAUCGGAGUGACAAACACAUGUAUCAUCCUAUUUGUAGAUAUCUCACUCUCACUUUUGAAUGUCCACUGGUUUUAUUUGAUGAUUACCAGCAUCAAGAAACGAAUGAACUCAAAACCGAUCACAAGUUCUAAAAAGCAAAGUUAAAUCGUUAAAUCACAAUCUACUUCAUUCUGGAACAUUUUUUUUCAUGGAAUACAAUCUCAAAUCAUCUUUUUUUGUUUCUUCUUUCUAAAAAUCUAUUUGCAUCUUUUUUUCAUCCUAGAUAAAGUUUCUUGCAUCAUUUAUCUCUUUAUUUUUUCACUUUAAAUCAUGUAAAUGGAGGAUUUCUUUCUAUCUUUUUUCUUUUAUAUAUGCAUAUGUUUGUUCAUUAAUAAAGCUGUCAUAUUCACAGGAUUUUUCUGUUUUCCCCUUAUGUACAUGCAUUGCAAUUCAUUUCAUCUCUCUGAAUUUUUUCAAUUAUCAUUGUUGAAAUGUAUAUUUAGGGUGUUCAAACCUGUG